AGAAAACAUUUCAAUACACAAACAACACACUUCUUCUUUCUUUGAAUCCCAACUGCAAGAGAGAAUGGCGAAAGAGUCCACCACCAUUGACGUUGGCGAGCCGAGCACCGUGACCAAAAGUACAAGCCAUGAGAAGAAGAAGGGCUUUGUGGCAGCAGCUGCAGGAGGAGGCUACAAGAGAGGUUUGGCCAUAUUUGAUUUCCUCCUCCGUUUGGCGGCCAUAGGAAUCACCAUCGGGGCUUCCUCCGUCAUGUUCACCGCUGAGGAAACACUGCCUUUCUUUACUCAGUUCUUACAGUUCCAAGCCGGUUAUGAUGACUUCCCGACAUUUCAGUUCUUUGUGAUAGCAAUAGCCAUCGUAGCCAGCUAUAUCGUCCUAUCACUUCCCUUCUCCAUCGUAACUAUUGUACGUCCACUUGCGGUUGUACCACGGCUCAUCCUCCUCAUCUCUGACACCGUGGUCUUAACGCUUACCACAUCAGCUGCUGCUGCGGCUGCAUCAAUUGUCUACCUUGCACAUAACGGCAACGCAAACACCAAUUGGCUCCCUAUUUGUCAGCAAUUUGGAGACUUCUGCCAAACCGCGAGUACUGCAGUUGUAGCCGCUUCUAUCUCUGUUGUUUUCUUCGUCCUUCUCAUAGUCAUCUCAGCCAUUGGCUUAAAAAGGCAUUGAUUUAAUAUUUUCUGUUUGUCAAGAUGGAAAAGGGAUCUACUGUGUCUUCAUGCAUAUGUGUGUAGCUUGUGCUUUGUGUAACAUGAGAGUUAUAAGUAUAUGGUAUCAUUAUGGUGUUGAA